AUGCCACGAAUUAGCAGUCACCACGCAAAACAAACCGCCCCGACUUCUUCAAUGGAGACCCUAAUUGAGAAUGACGAAAGUAAGCCAGAGCCCGAAGAAGAGGAAUCCGGAAAGGCAACAACGGAGGCAGAGCCAGACUUAUCUAGUAGUGAUAUCGCCGAUAACAAUCAAAAUCUCAAACCUUAUAAAAAACCUCCCAGAAAAUUUGACUGGCUUUUGGAGAAACAGCCGUGGGCGAAUUGGAGAGAAAAAGCCAAAAUAGGGUCAGAUUUGAAGGAUGAUGGCGAUUGUUUUUUCAGACAUGGUGACAUAACAAAUGCUUUGAAAAAGUACCACAAGGCAUUUUUGUACCUGAGAGGGGCUGAGGUCGAUAAGUCCCAAAUUUAUGAAUACAACGCACCAAUUAUAAUGCACCCGAAUGGUGGUUCCACGAUUGUGAAAAAUCCUGAACUUGAAAAUUUGAGGGCAACUGUGUCGGAGUGUGCCAACAAUAUUGCCAGCUGCCUAUUGAUCAAGGAGAACCCUGACUAUGAUCGUAUCCUAAUUAGAAUCGAUCAGGCUCUCAAGUUCAACUCUGAAAACUGGAAAGCGUUGUACAACAAAGGUUUCAUUCUGUAUCAGCAAAAAAAUUUUGAGGGUGCAAUGUGGCUACUGAAAAAAGCAUCUCGAAAACCUGAAAGCAAUGCUGAGCCCAACGUCAAAAAAUACUUGAAUCUAUCACUGGAGGAACUGAAAGGCAAGGAGCUAUCCCUGGACAAAGCCCUAGAAACCUUGUUUCUCCCAUUACUGAAAUGA